GGGAAGGAAGAUUUUGUUUCUUCUACUCCAAUAAACAAGCCCUAGAUUGAUCGAGACUUCCUUCAAGAAACCAUGGACAAAGUUGUGAGAAUGUCGUCAGACAAAGGAGUGGUUAUUUUCAGCAAGAGCUCGUGUUGCCUGUCCUAUGCGGUCCAAGUCCUCUUCCAAGACCUCGGGGUUCACCCAACAGUCCAUGAGAUCGAUAAAGACCCUGAAUGUCGUGAGAUCGAGAAAGCCCUGAUGAGGCUCGGGUGUUCCACGCCGGUUCCAGCAAUCUUUGUGGGUGGGAAGCUCAUUGGUUCGACCAAUGAAGUCAUGUCGCUGCACUUAAGCGGUUCACUGGUUCCGCUGGUUAAGCCGUUUCAGGCCAAUCUAUGUUAAAAAGGUGUUCUAACUUUCUAAACUACAAAAAUGUAUUUCAAUAAGAAACACAAUCCUAUAGCCUAUGCAACCUUUGUAAUGUAGCUUUAUAAAAUAUUGUUUGUUUU